UGUGUGUUGACAGAUCAGAGUAAGCAUGGCUGUAGCGUUCCAUAGCCGGUGCGGCGAUAGAGUGACGCUGAUAAAUAGUAAUAGAACAGCAGUCAGAAACUUUUCAGAGUUUAAUAACGGGUUGGUGCUGAGCAGUCAGCCUCUUGCAGACAAUCAGCUUUUUCAAGUUCGCAUUGAUAAGAAGAUAAACUCCUGGAGCGGAAGUAUCGAAAUUGGUGUAACAUGCUUGAACCCCGAGACAAUGGAAUUCCCAUCUACUGCGUCCGAGCUUCGAGGAGGAUCUUGGAUUCUAUCAGGGACUUCAGUGCUCAAAGACGGCCAGUCUAUCGUGGAGGUGUAUGGCGAAGACUUGGAGAAGCUGUCUGAAGGUGACUGCGUCGGGGUUAUGCGUACCUCAGAGGGUGAGCUGGUGUUCUACGUGAACGAGGAGUCUCAGGGGGUGGCCGCGAGGGACGUUCCGAGCGGCGUCUAUGGCUUUGUCGACAUGUAUGGGAAGUGUGCGCAGGUGACAGUCAUCGAUGACGACGACGAGACCCGUGGAGACUCUGACGACAGAUCCGACUUCGACGUCGAGCUGAGUGCGAGUUGCGGAACGUACGAGCCGGCCGACGGGCAGCAGCAGCCGGCACUGGUGACGGACCUCGUCGUCAACAUGAACGUCGCCAACACUCGGCGCGAUGUCAUCGCGUUCGAAGAGGAGUCGCCGCCGGCGUCCGUAGUCGCCGCAGAGGACGUGGAAGUGUCGCCCCCUCCGGACAGGUUGAGGUUCCACGAGCGCUGCGGCAGCCUGGUGCGCAUCUCCUGCGGCGGUCGCAGCGCGGAGAGGAGGCGGCCGCUCGACGAGUUCAACAACGGCGUCGUCAUGACGCACCGCCCCCUGCACGACGACGAGCUGUUCGAGAUCCGCAUCGACCGGCUCGUGGACAAGUGGUCCGGCAGCAUCGAGGUGGGCGUGACGACGCACGACCCGGCCGCCCUGGCGUUCCCCGCCACCAUGACGAACCUGCGCACGGGCACCACCAUGAUGUCCGGCAGUGGGAUCCUCACCAACGGGAAGGGCACGCGCCGCGAGUACGGCGAGUUCAACCUGGACGAGCUGUGGGAGGGCGACCGCAUCGGCAUGGUGCGCAAGGCGAACGGCAACCUGCACUACUUCAUCAACGGGCUGGACCAGGGCGUGGCCGCCAGCAAGGUGCCGUCCCGCGUCUGGGGCGUCGUCGACCUCUACGGGAUGACUGUCAAGGUUUCCAUCGUGGACAGAGACGAGCGGGAGGAGCAGAACCUGAUCACGCGAAGGAACACGACGCAGCGGUCGCAGGCCGCGCUGCACAGCCUCAACGAUCUGCCCGAGGAGGACAACGUGGACCGGCUCAUGUUCCACCCGAACUGCGGCACGCACGCCGCCGUCAUCAACAACCACAGGACGGCGCACAGGCCGCAUGCGAUGGACGACUUCAACAACGGCGUCGUGCUGACGAACCGGCCGCUGCGGCCGGGAGAGCUGUUCGAGGUGCGGCUCGACAAGAUGGUGACCAAGUGGGCCGGCUCCAUCGAGAUCGGUGUGACAAUGCACAGCCCCGCGGAGCUGGAGUUCCCCUCCACAAUGACCAACGUGAGGUCCGGGACGUGGAUGAUGACGGGGAACGGAGUGAUGCACAACGGGUCGACCGUCAUCCACGAGUACGGCCAGAACCUGGACCGGCUGCAGGUGGGCGACCGCGUGGGCGUGAUGCGCACGGAGGAGGGCACGCUGCACUUCUUCGUGAACGGCGUGGACCAGGGGAGUGCGGGGGCGGGCGUGCCGGAGCAGGUGUACGGCGUGAUCGACCUGUACGGGCAGGCGGUGCAGGCGACCAUCGUCGACCCCGCCCUGGAGCACAUGUGCCGCUCCGCCUCGGACACCACCUUCAGCACCACGAACCGCACCGACGCCGCCGCAGCCGGUGACGGAGACGGCACCGCCUCGUACAGUGACCUGCGCUUCCGGCACUCGCACGGCAAGAAGGCGCGGCUCUCCAACGGCGGCACGACGGCUUCGCGGCCCCGCGCGUUCGGGGAGUUCAACGACGCCAUCUUGGUGAGCAACCGCCCGCUGAGGGACGACGAGAUCUUCGAGGUGGUCGUGGAGAAGACUGUGGACUGCUGGCUCGGUUCCAUAGAAGCCGGGGUAACGUCUGUACGGCCGGACGAGCUGGAGCUACCGUGCACGAUGACGGACCUGGAGCACGGGACGUGGAUGCUGUCCGGCAGCAACGUCAUGGUGGAUGGCGUCGUGCUGCGUAAGGACUACCCUUGCGACCUGGACGAGGUGGUCGUCGGCAACAGAGUGGGUAUGGCGCGGCACUCGGACGGCACGCUGCACUUCUACCUGGACGGGGUGGACCGCGGGGCGGCGUGCGGCGGCGUGCCCCCGGGCGUGUACGCCGUCAUCGACCUGUACGGCCAGUGCGCCCAGGUGUCCAUCGUGCGGCCCGAGCGGCCGGCGGGGGCCGCUCCCGCUCCCGGGAGGCUGGCGCUGCCCGACCGCCCCCACCAGCCAUCUAAUCUCCAGCAUUACCCCUGUAGCACCUCAUUUCAUCCCACUACGGGACGCACCCACUUGUUUGGUGCCGUCAGCGGGAAGAACGUGGUACUGCGGUCCGGCGGCACAGUCGCCACCCGACUGCGUGGCUACUCGCACGCCCUCGUGUUUUCUUCCGACCCCCUUGAACCCGACGAAACAUUCGAGAUCUGCUUGCGCGAGCUGGCCCCCCACUGGUCGGGCACCGUGCGGCUGGGUGUGACGACGCUGCUACCCACGAUGUCCGCAUCUGGCUCCGGAUCUGGAUCUGGUGGUCCCGGCUGCCCGCCUGUCGCCGCCCUGCCGGCAGUCAGCGCAGACACUUGGUACCUCAUACGCAACGAGGUGCAGAAGAACGGGCGCACGCUGCAGCACUGCUACUGCCCCAGCCUCGAGUGGCUGACGGUCGGCGACCGCGUGGGAGUCCGUCGUGCUGCCGACGGGGCCCUCAGCUUCUCGCUCAACGGCGAGGACGUGGGCGUCGCCGUGCCGUACGUGCCGAAGAAAGUCUACGCGGUGGUGGACCUGUACGGCAAGGCGGUGUCGGUGGCUGUGACGAGCGUGGGCGGGCGCGCGGGUGCGGUCCCCACCUCGCCCGGCCCGGUCGGCGUGCCGCCCCUCGCCGCCGGCAGCGGCAGCGGCGGGCCGGACGACAGCCUGCGCUCCAGCCGGCUGCACGACUCGCUCGAGAUCCUGCUGGACACCGCCGAGCCGGCGCAGCCCGCGGCCGACAGGGCUCCACUUGAACCGACGGGGUCGGAAGGCGACACCUGCGAAGACGUCCCGGUCGUCAGGGAAGUCGCGGCGGACGACGGCGCCGCGGAGCUGGCAGUGGGCGCCGCACCGCCAGAGGACCGCUCGGAGAGGACGAAGGGCUCCGGCGGCGUGUCGUCGUCCGACAAGGGCCAGCUGUCUUCCCGACAGGGCCAGUCGGACGCCGAGGCGGAGAGCCUGAUGUCUUUCUGGAGCGAGCGCUUCGGUCGCAACAUCGAGCUGGGGCCCGGCGGGCGGACGGCACGCCGCACGGCGUCCUACAACCAGGGGCUCGUCGUGUCGGACCGCCAGCUGCCGCGGGACCACGUCUUCCAGGUCCGCAUCGAGGCGACGGACCCGCGCUGGGUGUCGUCGCUGCUGGUCGGGGUGACGGCGCGCUCGACGCACUUGCCCGUCACCGCCCUCGGCCUCGGCAAGGACACGUGGGUCAUCUGCGGCGACUUCGUGCUCAGGAACGGCAUCCCGAUCCGAGGGCAGUACGGCCCCAACUUGGACUCGUUGGGAGUGGGGGACGUGGUGGGCGUGUCGGUGGACGCGGCCGGCCGGCUGCACUUGUGGGUGAACGGAGCGGACCAGGGGGUCGCCGCUCAGGACCUGCCCGCGCACCUGCACGCCCUCGUCGACGUGUACGGCCAGUGCCAGCAGGUGAGUUUGGUCCGCGUCGUCGGCGGUCCGGGCGAGAGCGCCACGCCCGACGAGGCUCCUGCCUUGCCGCUCGGCACGGAGGAGGACGACGGCGCGGAGGCGGCCCAGGCGGCGGCCGCGGCCUACGUCGCGGAGGUGGACGACGCGGAAGACCGGGACGGCCUCAGCGAGAAGGCGGACCUGGAGUGCGACGAGAAGGAGAAGGUGGAGGCACAGGCAGAGGCGAAGCGUGGGGCCGGCACUCAGCGGGACGAGGAGCUCUUCGCGAGCGGCAGAGACCCGCCGGCGUCGCUGUCGAACGCGCGGGCCCCGGCAUCUCCGCCGCGCUCGCUGCCCGCCACCCUGUCGGACAACGACGUGGCCAACGGGCAGCUGAAACAGCAGCAACAGCAGCAGCAGCUGCACGGUUCGGCGCCGGUCAUCACGCCGACGGCCGUGGCGAAGAAGUCGGCGCCGCCGUCGCCCGUCAGCGACAACUCUGUCAGCCAGCAGCAGCAGCACGGCAAAAUCGUCACACAGGUGUCCGGAGGGACCGCCUCGCGGCGCGCUACGCCGGCCUCGAGCCCGGGCGGCGGCGGGCUGGACAGCUGGGCGGCGGGCACGCCUCCCGCCGGCACCCCGGCUGCGUCCGCGGCCGCCCCCGUGUCCGCCAGCUGCCCGUCCUCCGGAGGCGGCCGACUCUGCCCGUCCGCGACCGCACCGCCGGCCGCCCCGGCCGCACCCGCCAGGAAGUGUGACUACCACACGGUGUGCGCGCGCUUCCGCAGCUUCCUCGGCUUACCAGACGGCUUCUUCCUGCCGGGCGACGCGGGCUCCUGCUUCUGCGAGCAGUGCGUGCGCCGACUGCGGCCGCCCUCGCCGCCGCCCGGCCUGACCGUCCGCCGCAAGUCUUGCGUGGCGGCGGCGCCCGCGGCAGCGUCCGCUGCAGGGACGCCGACUGGGGCGUCCGACCCGGCCGUUCCCGCCGCACCAUCAGUGGUGGGGACCGGCACUGUGGACACCGGCUCGGGGCCGGCGGUUGCGGACGUGGCGGCCUUGCAGUCUGCCGAGAUACUGCUGCAGAUAGCUGGCUGGUGCAGGUUCCCCCUGAAGAGGCGGCCGAAGCCGUCUCCCCAGGAGGGCGGCGACAGCGCGGGCGCGCCGCCGCAGCCGUGCGCGGGUUGGCACGUCGCCUUCUGGGGCGCGCGCCUCGGCGACGUGCGGCAGGUGCUGGACCGCGGCGAGCUGCUGCUGCCAGGUGAGCUGGGCCUGCAGCGGAUGCGGGACAAGUCGGACUCCGAGGGCUCGCAGCUGGUCUUCUCUCCGGACAUCCGGCACGCCGUCAGCAAGACGUUGCCCUGCCGCAAGAAGUCAGAAUUCCUGGACCCCAAGACGCGGCAGCGGUACCGUGCGUGGGCGGCGUUCCAGGUGCUGGUGCAGCCGGGGACAUACAAGGUGUCGGCUGCGCGGGCGCCAGCCCAGGCGGAGGCGGAGGAGUGGGUGACCAAGGAGCGCGGCACGACCGUGCUGUCGGCGCUGCUGCUGCGGCUGCGCCCGGCCGACGACGACGCGGCGCCCGCCACGUCCGCCGAAUGCCGCGGCUGAGCCGGGCCGUACUGCGCUCCGCUCUCCCACUCUCGCCGGUUUACGCUUUCUCCUUUCUGUCUUACCACGCCAGUAUUUGCAGACGCCGCCCCUCCCGACAGGGCACGCCGACCGUGCCGUCGCGCGAGGCUAGACGUGUGGCGGGGGCGGGGUCGGCGUUUAGCUUCCGGCCUAACUGCAGUUGCUGCGCUCGCCUGUACGAGCACGCCGAGCGCUCCGCCUGGAGGUGUGUCUGGUGACUGGGAAGACCGGACAGCUGAAAUACGUACCUCGAUGCCUCGAUACGGACUCGAACUAAUGAAGAGUGAGGUAUGACGAUCCACCCCCGCCCGAUUCUCUCCCACUGAACUGUGCACGUGGAAAUGUUUCCUCGUCAUUCGAUAUACGUCCAUAAGGGUCUCUUAUAAUUUUGUUUUCGUGUGCCUCUUUACAGAUUUACGAUAAGAGACAUUAUUUAAAACAUAACGCAGUUUACUAAAAUGUAGACUUUAACGGCCGGAAAUAUCGUGUCCAUUAUAAUUAUCCGGGCUGUUAAGCUGUGGUCGGUUGACGAAUUCUGUGUCAGUUCCCAACGUUUCGUCUCCGACUGCGGGAGACGUCUUCGAGGGGGUCGGUAGCUCGCUACUGACUGAGCCGGUGGGUGUGUCGGAGCUUCCGUCGAGCUACGGACCCCCUCGAAGACGUCUCCUGCAGCCGGAGACGAAACGUUGGGAAUUGGCACAGAAUUCGUCAACCGACCAGGGCAUAACAGCCCGGAUAAUUACAAUGGACAUGAUAACACACUUAAUGAACAGCUAGAAGGCUUGAAGGGUCUAUAUGAAUGGGAAGACUGACUACACUUUUCUAAAAGGUGAGAAAUGUAUGACUUAGUGUGUUAGAACAGAAGUGGAAGAUAUAUGCCCUCUAUGAGUUUAGAGAGAGAUACAAGCACACCAGCCUAAAGAAAAAAAAGGUGUGCAUGAGUGUGGCCUGCAACCCCCCCCCCCCCC